AGGGUAGAAUUAGAAAAAAAAAACUAAAACCCUAACCUCUGAAACUCAGACAACAAGAAAGGAAAUGGGAGUAGUGAGAUUGCAGAGUGUAGACGAGAAUCAAAAUCACAAAAUGGAGCGGAGCUGAAAGAAAUGAAGUGAUAGGAAAAACGCAACAAUCAGUGUCGUUUCAGCUCGCUGAAUCGCCGCUAAACUCGCGGUUCUACGCGAGUUUAACCGAGUUUGUUCGAGUUUGCAGGAGCCUACAAGAAACUAUUCUACAGUUAACUAGGUUCGUGUAGAGGAAGCCUCUUUGAGUUUUCCAACUAAGCAUUUGUUUCACUGUGUCAAUGAGAGGCAAGAUUGGAAUAAGGAUCCCAAACCCCACUAUUUCAAAUGCCACCAGAAGAACGGUAGUUGCAUUUUCUUCAUCUUCUGGUUUCGGAGAUGGCGGUCGUGGUCGUGGUCGUGGAGGAUCCCUCCCUGGUUCAGGGCCGUUCAAUUUCAAUGAAAGAGCUCCUGGUAAGCCUAGUUCCAGUGAGCCCAAUUCUGACAUCACAGAGUCUCCCAUUCCUCCUGGUUCUGGUCAUGGCCAUGGCCGUGGCAAGCCAAUGCCUCAGUCAGGUCUUCCUUCUUUCUCAUCGUUUUUAUCUUCCAUAAAUCAGCCACCUGCUGGUCGAGGCCGAGCUACUGUGCCUCACCGUCAAAGUGAUUUUCAGCCACCUGCUGGUCGUGGCCGAGCUACUGCACCUGAACCUCCAAAUGAUUUGGGGCCACCAGAACCCAAAAAGCCCAUUUUUUUCACCAGAGAGGACCGUGUUUCUCCAACAGCGACAGAUGGUGUUCCUGUUGAUGUUGGGCAUCUUAACAAACUUCCAGGUGGCAUACUAGAGGUGUUGUCUGGACUUGGACGGGGGAAGUUCAUGAAACAGCCAGAUCAGGAAACGCGAGCUACAGAAGAGAACAGGCAUCUUCGCCCUCCGCGAGCUCCUGGUGCAGUUGCAUCCGACACUUUGCCAGAGAAACAACCAAUACAAAGCCGGGAUAAUGCAGUGAGGAAUGCACGGAGAUUUUUGUCACAAAGUGAGGAUGAUGGAAGUGGCCCUGGAAGAGGAAGAGGAUUUGGAGAUAGAGGUGGGUUUGGCAGAGGCAGGGGCAGAGGCAGAGGCAGAGGCCGAGGCAUGGGAAGAGGAGGAUUAAGAGAUAGGGAUGUGGAUGAAAGACGUGGAACACUCAAGGAUGCAGAGGAUCCAUAUGCUACAGGGCUAUAUGUUGGAGAUGAUGCAGAUGGUGAGAAAUUAGCCAAAAAGUUUGGGCAAGAGAUAAUGAAUCAGUUAACUGAAGGAUUUGAAGAAAUGUCUGAUAGAGUUUUGCCAUCGCCAUUGCAGGAUGAGUAUUUGGACGCGUUAGACAUCAAUUAUGCAAUUGAAUUUGAGCCGGAAUAUUUGGUGGAGUUUGAUAACCCGGAUAUUGAUGAGAAGGAACCAAUUCCUCUUCGGGAUGCACUUGAGAAGAUGAAACCAUUCUUGAUGGCAUAUGAGGGGAUCCAAAGUCAGGAAGAGUGGGAGGAAAUAAUGGAAGAGACAAUGGCACGAGUUCCAUUGUUGAAAAAGAUUGUUGAUCACUACAGCGGACCAGACAGGGUAACUGCAAAGAAGCAACAAGAAGAAUUAGAAAGAGUUGCUAAAACUCUUCCUGAAAGUGCACCAUCUUCAGUGAAACAAUUCACUAACCGUGCUGUUGUCUCCCUUCAGAGUAAUCCAGGCUGGGGAUUUGACAAGAAAUGUCAUUUCAUGGAUAAGCUGGUUUCGGAAGUGUCUCAGCAUUACAAGUAACUUACUUUUCCUUUCAAGCUUAAACAUGGUGUGUUUUGUGUGUAUACUGCCAUAACUCUUGUAAUAAUAUGAAUUAUAAUGUUUUAGUGUUGUUGCUAACAAUUUUUACAUCCCUUUAUACUUUGUAAUAAAUGAAUUAUCAUUUUUAUUAGACUUUCCAAAAGUAA